GCACUGUUAAGCCAGGCUGUGCGCGACGUCGCCUCCCCUGGAUACCGGCGACGCGCACAGCCCAUCCGGACACCGACGCUCCGGCGCGUGGGCAUGGGCACUACUCCGCGUCCACGAUGCGGAUGUUAACAAUGAGUCCGAUAUUAGUGGCUGUGGUGGCGUUCGAGCCGAGUGGACUAACGGGCCGCCAUGAAUGACAGGUACCACAAGGCGGCCCGGGAUGGCUACCUCAACCUGCUGAAGGAGGCCACCCGCAAGGACCUCAACGCCCCGGAUGAGGAUGGCAUGACCCCGACGCUAUGGGCGGCUUAUCACGGCAACCUGGAGGCUCUGAGGCUCAUCGUGGCGAGAGGAGGGAACCCAGACAAGUGCGACAUAUGGGGCAACACGCCGCUCCACCUGGCCGCCGCCAACGGCCACCACAACUGCCUUUUCUUCUUGGUGUCGUUUGGCGCCAACAUAUGGUGCCUGGACAACGACUACCACACGCCGCUGGACAUGGCCGCCACCAAGAACCAUAUGGACUGCGUCCGCUACCUGGACUCCAUCGCCGCCAAGCAAACGGGCCUGAACCCCAAGCUGGUCAACAAGCUGAAAGACCGGGCCUUCCGAGAGGCUGAGCGGCGCAUCAAAGAGUGCGCCAAGAUGCAGAAGAAGCACCACAAGCGCAUGGAGAGGAAGUUCCAAAAGGAGGCGCCCGAAGCGUCCUUGUCGGACGUCAUGAGCUUUUCCAGUUACAGCAGCGGCUCUGUUAGCCACAAGCUGCACAACCUCAAUGCAGCCGCCGGUAGUGUGCCAUAUUCACAGGCUACCCUUCAUGCCACAAAUCGAGGGAAAACAAAGAUCCAGAAGAAACUGGAGAAGAGAAAACAGGGAGAUGGGAGCUUUAAGAUCUACGAGGAGGGGAGGAAAAGCGUACGCUCCCUCUCAGGACUCCAGCUGGGCAACGAUGUCAUGUUCAUCAGACCGGGCACCUACGUCAACUCCAAGGAAUACGGCCGCCGGAAUGUCCGUGACAUGUUCCCCGGAGACGACGACGCCAUUUCACGUGCCAUCAGCGAGCCCGACCUUCAUGGGAACUACGUGGACCAGUCAGAGGUCAGCACAGACUCGGGACACGAUUCCUUGUUCAACCGUCCUGGCUUGGGCACCAUGGUCUUCCGCAGGAACUACGUAAGCGGGGGGUUGUUCGACCUGAACGGUCAGGAGGGAGCUGACGGUUCAGACAACACGGUGCAUCUCCGCAGCCGGCUGCACCCUCACCGCAGUCUGGACGAGGACAGCAUCGGGAGCGCCCGCAGCCUGCAAGAGAGGAACGUCGACGAGCUUCCCUGGGAGGAGGUGGAAUUGGGGCUGGACGACGACGACGAGGCCCACACCAGCCCGUUGGAGGUCUUCCUGGCCGUGCACGGCAUGAGUGACUUUUUCUCCAUCUUAAGGAGGGAGAAGAUUGACCUGGAAGCGCUGCUGCUGUGCUCCGACCACGACCUCAAGAGCAUCCACAUCCCUUUAGGACCCAGAAAAAAGAUCUUAGAUGCCUGCCAGAGACGCAUGGAAACCAUUGAGGACCCAGAGCGCAUUGAGGAUACUGAACUGUGAGUGCACUUACUAAUGUGGACAUCUGCACAAUCUAAUGAGAUCCAAUACAAAUGUGUAUUAGCCUCUCUGGAUCAGUGCAACACUAUAUUGUCUAGAGCAGGAAUAUUCAACUAAGUUGUUUCGUGGGGCCACGUUUCCAGAAAUCUAAGGACCAGAGGGCCUGACUUCUCCCUUCACUGUUAGUCUUAUUUUGCAUAUUACGGAGAACUCUCCAGUAGACAUUUGAUUUUGGUCGAUUUAUUUUGUCAGCGUGCUUGGCACUAAGCAUCAAGGGUUGGAAUUGGGGGUUAAAUUACCAAAAAUGAUUCCCGGGCACAGGCCACCGCUGCUGCUCACUGCUCCCCUCACCUCCCAGGGGGUGAACAAUAGGAAGGGUCAAAUGCAGAGGACAAAUGUCACCACACCUAGUGUGUGUGUGACAAUCAUUGGUACUUUAACUUGAACUUGAAUUGAGAAAUGGCAUUACGGAAUUCCUGGAAUUUUGGGAAAACCGGGAAAUUUUUCCAGUUCAAGAAACAACUUAGGAAUGUUUGAACAGUUGAAAUGCGUUGAAAAUAGGGCUUUGGACCCCCGCGAACCCGAAAGGGACAAGCGGUAGAAAAUGGAUGGAUGGAUGGAAAAGCAGGAAUUCUGGAAAAUCCUGGAAUUUUUUGGAACUUGGAGAGAUUAUAGUUUCAAUUUCCAGAAUGGUGGAAUGUGUUGAAGGUGGAAUGGUUCGAAUAGGUUGAAAAAUGUGGAAAUGGUGAACGUUUGAAUAAUGGCCAAUUCAUUUUGAAUGGGGGAAAAAAUGUCCCGGAAAACCUGGAAUUCUGGGAAAUCUGGGAAUUUUUUGGAAUUUGUCAAGGGAAAGCCCGCCAUUCCCGAAUAGGCUGAACAGUUUGAAGUGGGAACGGUUUGAAUGGGAUGAAAAAUGUGGAAGGUAGAGUGCACCUAAAU